GGAGGCGCCGAGCCGGCCUUGGAAAAGGAGGAGAAGGAGGAGAAAGGGGCUAAGGGGGGCAGUGGGAGCCACGGUCCAGAGUGCCAAGGACUGAGCCAGGCCAGCCGGACCCCCGGCGGGGCAGCUGGGAGAGGCCUGGCUCGCCUUCAGCAGAGGCACUGCACCUUUUCCAGACCCUUGCGAUUUGUCCACUGCUGCUGCCCGAGGCCCGAGGGAAUGCUGGCUGCUCUCUGGGUGGGCGCCGGUGCUCCUGAGCCACACUGGGAAGAUCGGCGUGCCCAGCCCCAGCCCAUCCCUGGGCUGUCAGACGCUGCAAGCAGAUAUCUGUCCAGAUUUCCACGCAGCCUCCACCCCCUCAGAGAUCGGUUUUCCUGCUUGUGGUGGCAGCUCACGAAACACCUUGAGGGAGUACCCAUCAGUGCCUAACAAGAAGCCCACUGCCUGGGACACCAGACACACUCCCCCAGGACACCUGGCCCUCCAAAGGGCCAAAGCAUGGUACCCUGAGACCUUGGCUUAGACCUAAAGUUUUCCUGCCUCUGCCCCGGACUCCUGAUCCCAGAUCCCAGCCCAGGGACCAGAAUGGGUCGUGAACAGGACCUGAUCCUCGCUGUCAAGAAUGGAGAUGUGACUGGUGUGCAGAAACUGGUGGCUAAAGUCAAGGCUGCAAAAACAAAGCUCCUCGGCUCCACGAAGAGACUCAACGUCAACUACCAGGAUGCUGAUGGAUUCUCUGCCCUCCAUCAUGCCGCCUUGGGGGGCAGCCUGGAGCUCAUAGCCUUGCUACUGGAGGCUCAGGCCACCGUUGACAUCAAAGACAGCAAUGGCAUGCGCCCACUGCACUACGCAGCCUGGCAAGGCCGGCUGGAGCCCGUGAGGCUGCUGCUGCGGGCCUCCGCGGCCGUGAACGCCGCCUCGCUGGAUGGGCAGAUCCCGCUGCAUCUGGCUGCCCAGUACGGACACUAUGAAGUGUCAGAAAUGCUCCUCCAGCAUCAGUCCAACCCUUGCCUGGUCAACAAGGCAAAGAAGACGCCCCUGGAUCUGGCUUGCGAGUUUGGGCGACUUAAGGUGGCCCAGCUACUACUGAACAGUCACUUGUGUGUGGCGCUGCUGGAGGGUGAGGCCAAGGACCCGUGUGACCCCAACUACACCACGCCCCUGCACUUGGCUGCCAAGAACGGCCACAGAGAGGUCAUCAGGCAGCUCCUGAGAGCUGGGAUCGAGAUCAACCGGCAGACCAAGACAGGCACUGCACUCCACGAGGCUGCGCUGUAUGGCAAGACCGAGGUAGUCCGGCUGCUCCUGGAGGGCGGGGUGGAUGUGAACAUUCGGAACACGUAUAACCAGACGGCACUGGACAUUGUGAAUCAGUUCACCACCUCCCAGGCCAGCCGAGAAAUCAAGCAGCUGCUGCGUGAGGCCUCGGGGAUCCUGAAGGUCCGAGCACUCAAGGACUUCUGGAACCUCCACGAUCCCACUGCUCUCAAUGUCCGGGCAGGGGAUGUCAUCACGGUGCUUGAGCAACAUCCCGACGGCCGCUGGAAGGGCCACAUCCAUGAGAGCCAGAGGGGCACGGACCGUGUGGGCUACUUCCCCCCAGGCAUCGUGGAGGUGGUCAGCAAGCGAGUGGGCAUCCUCGCGCCCCGCCUCCCAUCGGUGCCCACCCCCCUCCGCCCAGGCUUCUCUCGGACACAGCAGCCCCCUGCCGAUGACCCCCUGCACUCUCUGACCUAUGGCCAGCUCCCUCGGGUGGGCCUCAGCCCAGAUAGCCCAGCAGGUGACAGGAAUAGCGUGGGCAGCGAGGGCAGCGUGGGCAGCAUCCGCAGUGCCGGCAGCGGGCAGAGUUCCGAGGGCACCAACGGCCAUGGCACCGGCCUUCUUAUUGAGAAUGCUCAGCCACUGCCUUCCCCCGGAGAGGACCAGGUGUUGCCAGGACUGCACCCCCCGUCCCUGGCAGACAACCUGAGCCACCGCCCUCUGGUCAACUACCACUCUGGGGAACAGCUUUUCACCCAGGACGUGAGGCCGGAGCAGCUGCUGGAGGGGAAGGAUGCGCAGGCCAUUCAUAACUGGCUGAGUGAGUUCCAGCUGGAAGGCUACACCGCCCACUUCCUGCAGGCUGGCUACGACGUGCCAACCAUCAGCCGUAUGACGCCUGAGGACCUGACGGCCAUCGGGGUCACCAAGCCUGGGCACAGGAAGAAGAUCGCCUCGGAGAUUGCUCAGCUCAGCAUCGCCGAGUGGCUGCCCAACUACAUCCCGGCGGACCUGCUGGAGUGGCUGUGCGCGCUGGGGCUGCCGCAGUACCACAAGCAGCUGGUGAGCAGUGGCUACGACUCCAUGGGGCUGGUGGCCGACCUCACCUGGGAGGAGCUGCAAGAGAUCGGGGUCAACAAGCUCGGUCAUCAGAAGAAGCUUAUGCUGGGAGUGAAACGGCUGGCCGAGCUUCGGCGGGGCCUACUGCAGGGGGAGGCCCCAGCUGAAGGUGGCCGCCGUCUAGCCAGAGGCCCGGAGCUGAUGGCCAUUGAGGGGCUGGAGAAUGGGGACGGUCCGGCUGCAGCUGGCCCACGCCUCCUCACCUUUCAGGGCAGUGAGCUGAGCCCAGAGCUACAGGCAGCCAUGGCUGGGGGUGGCCCCGAGCCCCUCCCCCUGCCCCCUGCCCGCUCUCCCAGCCAGGAGAGCAUUGGAGCACGCUCACGAGGGUCCGGUCACUCCCAGGAACAGCCGGCCCCCCAGCCCAGUGGUGGAGACCCGAGCACCCCACAGGAGAGGAACCUUCCAGAGGGCACAGAGCGGCCCCCUAAGCUUUGUUCCCCACUUCCUGGUCAAGGCCCCCCGCCUUAUGUUUUUAUGUAUCCCCAGGGCUCACCCUCCAGCCCAGCCCCGGGGCCACCUCCUGGUGCACCUCGUGCCUUCUCCUACUUGGCUGGUCCCCCCGCCACUCCUCCAGACCCACCUCGGCCCAAGCGCCGGUCCCAUAGCCUAAGCCGCCCCGGUCCCACCGAGGGGGAAGCAGAGGGAGAGGCUGAAGGGCCAGUGGGCAGUGCCUUGGGGAGCUACGCCACCCUCACUCGGCGACCGGGACGCAGUGCCCUAGCUCGGACCAGCCCUAGCCCGACUCCAGCUCGAGGGGCCCCCCGCAGCCAGUCCUUUGCCCUUCGUGCCCGACGCAAAGGCCCCCCACCCCCACCCCCUAAACGCCUCAGCUCUGUCUCUGGCCCCACCACGGAGCCGCCUCCACUAGACGGAAGCCCGGGGCCCAAGGAGGGGGCCUCUGUGCCCCGAAGGCGAACACUAAGUGAACCAACUGGCCCAUCAGAGCCCCCCGGCCCACUUGCCCCAGCUGGCCCCGUGUCGGACACAGAGGAGGAGGAGCCAGGACCUGAGGGGACGCCCCCAUCUCGGGGCAGCUCAGGAGAAGGGCUCCCGUUUGCCGAGGAGGGGAACCUGACUAUCAAACAGCGGCCGAAGCCAGCUGGCCCCCCACCCCGGGAGACGCCUGUGCCCGCUGGCCUCGAUUUCAACCUCACAGAAUCAGACACUGUUAAGCGGAGGCCCAAAUGCCGGGAGAGAGAGCCGCUGCAGACGGCACUUCUGGCCUUCGGAGUGGCCAGUGCCACGCCCAGCCCCGCUGCCCCCCUGCCCUCCCAGACCCCCGGCGAGGCCCCCUCCUCAGCUUCUCCCAGCCCUCCCCGGCCUGACCCUAGCAGCCUUCCAACUCAGGGAGCUCCAGCCCCUCUUUCUUCCGGCUCCCCAGCCCCGCCCCCUGCUCCCCCCUGCUCUGGGCCUGCUCUGGAGAACUCGGCGGGCAGUUGGCGGCAUGGGGAGACCGAGCCCCCAGCUUCCCCCGCUGCCCUCAUCAAGGUGCCAGGUGCAGGAACAGCCCCCAAGCCUGUGUCUGUGGCCUGCACCCAGCUGGCAUUUUCUGGUCCUAAGCUGGCUCCUCGGCUUGGCCCCCGCCCCGUGCCCCCUCCAAGGCCAGAGAACACUGGAGCCGUGGGCUCUGGCCGGGCCCAGCAGAGACUGGAACAGACCAGCUCAUCCCUGGCAGCUGCAUUAAGGGCCGCAGAGAAGAGCAUUGGCACAGAGGAACGAGAAGGCCCUCCCGGCACCUCCACCAAGCACAUUCUGGAUGACAUCAGCACCAUGUUUGAUGCCCUGGCUGACCAGCUGGAUGCCAUGCUUGAUUGAGACUUUCUGGCAGCCGUCAAUGGUGCAGCGUCCGUUGCCUUUGCCCCCAGCAGGGUUCCCCCCUGCUGCUCCAAGCCAGCGACCUUCAGCACUGCAGCUCUAGGGGGCGGUCUUCAUGGCAGGCUGAGGGGACGUGUCAGAACCUCACAUGUCAGCAGGGCUCUCUCCCGCUAUGUAAUCUGACCAGACAGCCCUGCCCCCGUGGACAGGGACCCUGGUAAGAGCUUCCUCCGCCCUCCUACCACCUCCAAUGUCUCAAGUGUCUGUGCCGAGGACCUACUGACGCCUGCUGUGCCGUGCUGUCCUGGCACUCUAAAAGGCUGGAGAAAGCUGUGUGUCUGACCCAGUUCCCACAGGUAUACACAGGACAUGGAAAUAGGCAGCCAGGGGCUUGCUGUCAGCGGCGGUGGCGGUGCCCAGGCCAGCCCCUGCUCCCGCUGCUGCCUGCCCUCAGUGAGGCAAAGCUGGCGGGCAUGGGGGCAGUGGGAUUAACAGAUGCCCAAAGUCCAAACUUUUUCAACUGUAAAUGUUAUUUUUUAAGCAGAGAGAAAUGCAUAUAUUUUAAAUGGAAUUUAUUCUAUCUAUAACCACCUGAGAGGACACAAGGGAAGGGGCUUCGAACCACAGCAAGAGUGCCCACUGCCCACCUCGGGGCCGGAAGCCUGAUCUGGUUGGCCCAGGCCCCGGCUCUGUAACCAUUAACCUCUUCUCCCAACUAACACCAAUGAAAGUGUCAUUCCACGUGA